AUGCCGACGAAAUGGGCUGGAGAUGUCGGUGAAAUAUAUAGUGGAUUUACAGAAAAUAAUGUAAAACCUAUGCAGAAUUGUAGUCUCAUUGAGUGGGAAAAUAUCCGGUGGUUAGCACGUGUCUGCGUUAAACACUCGUUUAUGGUCGGAGGACUUACAUGGGUUUUCCUUAGUAGUGAUGCUUCCUCAUCUACCUCAUCUCAUGAUCGGACAUCUCGUGGCAUAGAGCAGCUUCAAAACGGUAAUCAGCCAUCUACUAGAGCAAGGGUUCCAGUUUACCAGCCUCCACUUUUUUCUGCGACUACAUCAAACUCAAGGAACUCAUCACUUGCUCAGAGGGGAAAUGGGCGUGGCCGCCGAAGGAGCCCAUUAAAUUCUGGGUUAUGGAUAUCUGUCGAGCUAGUAUUAACAGUGAGCCAAAUUAUUGCAGCUAUUGUUGUGCUAUCUUUGUCAAGGCACGAACAUCCACAUGCUCCUUUGAAAGUGUGGGUUGUGGGUUAUGCAUCUGGUUGUGUAGCCAUCCUUCCUCUUCUAUAUUGGCGAUUUCGCUAUCGAAACCGUGGUUCUGAACAGGAUCCAACUCAGCACGUGCAGGAUUCAUCUCAGAACAACUUCUCUGCAGGCCCUUCAAGUAGAAGAAUUUCUGAGGGAGAAGAUCAUCAGACAACUGGUACGACGUCUAGUGGUGGUCCAAAUGUUUCACCAAGACUUAGGGCACUUGUGGAAUACUUCAAGAUGGGUUUAGAUUGUUUCUUUGCAGUGUGGUUUGUGGUUGGCAAUGUGUGGAUUUUUGGAGGGCACUCGUCUUCCACUGAGGCUCCCAAUUUGUACAGGUUGUGUAUAGUGUUUCUUACCUUUAGCUGUAUUGGAUAUGCAAUGCCUUUCAUUCUGUGCGCAACGAUCUGCUGCUGCCUCCCCUGUAUAAUUUCAGUCCUGGGUUUCAGAGAGGAUUUGGCUCAAAAUAGAGGAGCCACACAAGAAUCAAUUAAUUCACUGCCAACUUAUAAGUUUAAAGUGAAGAAGAACAAGAAUAGCAACAAGGAGAGUAACUCAGCCACAGAUGAAGCUGGAAUAGUGGCUGCUGGAACAGAGAAAGAGCGCGUGGUAUCAGGAGAGGAUGCGGUUUGCUGCAUUUGCUUGGCGAAGUAUGUGAACAACGAUGAACUCCGGGAAUUGCCUUGCUCUCAUUUCUUUCACAAGGAAUGUGUGGAUAAAUGGCUAAAGAUCAAUGCCUCGUGUCCACUUUGCAAAGCCGAGGUUGGUGAAACCAUUUUGGGUUCACUCACUGAAACGACUGCCAGUCUACGACAGAGCACCGUGUUAUAA